UACAUGGGCGAUUACCCGACCAAGCAGGUCCAGAGUCCCCUGGAACUGACCGAUCAGAUCUUUGGGCCCGCCACGGAAAAGGACUCCCUCAGAGAUGAGAUCUACUGCCAAAUUAUGAAGCAGAUGAGCAGCAAUAACAACCGGUUCAGCGUGGAGCAGGGUUGGCAGCUGCUUUGGUUGUGCUGCGGCCUCUUCCCUCCCAGCCAAUCGCUCCUGAAGCACGCGCAGCGAUUCCUGGAAUCUCGCCGCACGGAGCCGCUGGCCUCCGACUGUCUGCAACGACUGCAGAGCUCUUUGAGAAUGGACGCCAGGAAGCUUCCGCCGCACCAGGUGGAAGUGGAUGCCAUCCAGCAGAACAGCACGCAAAUCUACCACAAAGUCCACUUUCCCAACGACACGGGGCAGAUCUUUGAGGUAGCCACCAGCACCAAGAUCAGGGAUCUCAUUAAGAACAUUUCCAACAAGCUGCAACUGACCACGGCCGACGGCUUCAGCAUUUUCAUUAAAACGCACGAUAAGGUCCUCAGUCUGAAUGACAGCGACUAUUUCUUUGACAGUCUGCGGCAAAUCACAGACUGGUCCAAACAGAACAAACGCACUAAAGACGGUGCUCAAGUCAGCAUGUCCUACUUGGUUUUCUUCAUGAGGAAGCUGUGGUUAAACGUGAUUCCCGGCAGGGACCUGGAGGCGGACCUCGUCUUUCACUUCCCUCAGGAAGUCCCGAAGUACUUGAGGGGGUACCACGUGUGCGGCAAAGGCGACAUGGUUCACAUGGCAUCCCUGCUCUUCCGCAUUAAAGUUGGGAAUGACAAGAGUCAGUUUGUGACCAUCCCCAAGAUGUUGAAAGAACUCGUACCCGGUGACCAGCUUAAGACUUUUUCCGAGAACGAGUGGAAGAAGAGCAUCGUGGCGUCUUUCAACAAGCAAGCGGGAAUGACCGUGGAGGAAGCAAAAGUGGCGUUCCUGAAAACGGUUUGUCGCUGGCCAACCUUUGGCUGCGCCUUCUUUGAAGUGAAGCAAACAUCCGAACCCAAUUUUCCGGACAUUGUGCGGAUCGCUAUCAGCAAGCAAGGACUCACCAUCAUACACCCCAAAACCAAGGAAGUGUUGGCCAACCACCCUUUUAACCGCAUCGCCAACUGGCGCAGCGGAAGCACGUAUUUCCAUAUGACCAUCGGCAGUUUGGUGCAGGGCAGCAAAUUCCUCUGUGAAACGUCGCUGGGCUACAAGAUGGACGACCUCAUCACCUCCUACGUCACCAUGUACGCGCAAGAGAGGAGGCCGGUGCAGAGCAGGAACCAGCGUUUCAAUUGAUGCCUGCACGACUACAAAGCACCUGCUAUAAAGAACUCCAUUGGACUCCACAGGAAUUACCGGAAUAUGCAUUUGAAAAUAUUUAUUCAAGUUCCUUUGCGCACCACAUUUGCAUUCAUGUGACAUUGCUUGAUCUGAUCGGAUGCUUCACAAAUAAAAGCUCACGUUAUCCA